UACAACAGUCACUUCCUUCACAAAGUGCAGACUGCACAGCUCCAUUCGUGUCGACUGCCCAGAGUCCACGAAUACAACAGCACUGCACCUUCAACCACCACCAGCAACCACAACAACUCCACAUAAUCAUUAUCACACACGGCAAAGCAGCACAUCUCUCCACAACAGCCGACACCACAGCCGCAUUCCAGCAGCCUCCUCUGCCCCUGUUCAGACAUGUCGCUCCACAGUUUCGGCCUGGAGCCGCUCUCCUGUCAUUCCUGGAACAAAGACAGGACCCAGAUUGCAGUGAGUCCUAACAACAACAUGGUGAACAUCUAUGAGAAAAAAGGCAAAGACUGGGUCAAGAUCCAUGAGCUCAACGAGCACAGUGGACGAAUCACAGGUGUUGACUGGGCUCCAGAGACCAACCGCAUUGUUACGUGUGCGUCUGACCGUAAUGCCUAUGUGUGGACUCUGAAGGACGGCGUGUGGAAGCCCACCCUGGUCCUGGUGCGCAUCAACCGUGCAGCCACGUGUGUGAAGUGGUCACCGCUGGAGAACAAGUUCGCCCUGGGCAGCGGAGCUCGCCUCAUCUCUGUCUGCUAUUUCGAGAAGGAAAACGACUGGUGGCUGAGUAAGCACAUCAAGAAGCUUAUUCGUUCCACAGUCCUGAGUCUGGACUGGCAUCCCAACAACAUCCUGCUGGCUGCUGGAUCUGCAGACCUUCACUGCAGGGUCUUUUCUGCCUACAUUAAGGACAUUGAGGACAAGCCUGGACCCACUGCCUGGGGGGCCAAGAUGCCUUUUGGCGAGGUGCUGCUGGAGCAUAAGGACUGUGGGGGCUGGGUGCACAGUGUCUCCUUCUCCCCCAGUGGAGACCAGCUUGCAUGGGUGGCCCACAACAGCAGCAUCACUGUGGCGGACGCUGCCCAGAAGAAGGAGGUUACCCAGCUGACCACUGAACAUCUGCCGCUGUCGAGUGUCCUCUAUGUCAGCCCCACUGAGAUUGUUGCUGCGGGUCAUGACUGUUGCCCAUACCAGUUCACCUAUAAAGGUCCUGGAGGUCUGGAGUUUGUGAAGAAGCUUGACGUCCCCAAACAAACGUCUAAGACCAGCAUGUCGGCCAUGCAGCACUUCCGUAACCUGGACAAGAGAGCUACUGAGGACGACAGCAACGAGCUGAAGACCCUUCAUCAGAACAGCAUCACGCAGCUGCGUAUCAUGUCCGGGCAGAAAGAUAAAGUGGAGAAGUACAGCAGCGUGGGUCUGGAUGGAGCCAUGGUCCUGUGGGAAUUCAAGCACUGAAGUGAGAAGAAUAUGAGAAUUGCAGACAUAAGGAAUCUAUCUGCCAGUCAACCAAUACUGUGUGGAACUAAACAUCAUCAGCGUAUGUGCUGUGUGAUGUCUGUGAAUAAAGAAUCGUUCACAUGAACAAA